AUGGCCUCGAACCAUGCAACACAAGCCAUUGCUUCUGGCGAUCUUGUCGACCUCGUCUCUUCUUCUGGCGCGGCCACCAUUUAUCCAUCUGACGACGCCAUCCUUGGCGUCCUCCAAGCUCGUUUCCGCGCUGACUUACCAUACACAAGGAUUGGGGCUACCCAUCUCGUCGCCGUAAACCCUUACAAGACACUUGCCAACGUUAACGAUGUCAGCGCUAAGGACUACGAAGAACGGUGUUACAAGGAUACCAGCAUGCCCAUGGUAGAUUCUCCGAAACCGCUGCAGCCGCAUCUAUAUGAUUUGGCAGCCCGAGUAUAUCUACUGAUGCGACGGCGGAACGAGUCGCAAGGGGUGCUUGCUAGAGGGAUUACAGGUUCGGGAAAAACCUCAAGCUUGCGCCUCUUCAUGAAUCAGAUUUUGCGAUUGUCUACACACUCGAAGAAGGAGGCUAGAGUAGCGGAGCAGGUCAAAGCCUUUGCUACUGUCCUAGACUCCUUCGGGAACGCUAAAACCCUUAUGAACCCCAAUGCUUCGCGGCAUGGCCGGUACUUCGAACUUCACUUCAACGACCGAGGGCGUAUAAGCUCUGCGAAGGUCCUUGCGUACGGACUAGACAAGUCCCGCCUCACGAGGCUUACACACGAAGAGCGCACUUACCACGUAUUUUACCAAUUCCUAGCCGGUGCAACCUCUACAGAACGUGAUCAGUUCAAUCUGGAGGAUCCCUCGGACUACGCCCUCCUUGCAUCCUCGGGGUGCUAUCGCCUUCCUUCAGGUCCCUUCAGUGACGACUCCAUCGCCAUGUCGGACUUGCGUGCUGCCUUGCGGACAUUGUCCUUCAAACCCAAGCACAUGUCCUCGAUCUUUAGCCUCCUCGUUGCUAUUCUAACCCUAGGCAACAUCCAGUUUCAGGACGGCGACGCGCACGAUGUAUCUGCCUACGUUUCGAAUCUUCUAGUCCUUGAAAAUGCUGCGCGCCUACUCGGCGUGUCAUCAGAAGAUCUUAGUCAGACUCUCACCAACAAGACGAGCUAUGUCCGCAAGGAGUUAUACACCGUCCUUCUCAACGCUCAGCAAAGUUCCCGCCAACGUGACCAGCUUGUUCGCGACCUCUAUGCAAUUCUAUUUGCUUACAUCGUUGAAACGUCCAAUCAUCGGGUAGCCCCAAGCGUCAACGACCCCCCUCCUCCCACUCAGAUUGUCCUCUUCGAUCAGCCCGGCUAUCAGACCCGUGGACCCACUGGAACAGGAUCGAUGUCUUUGUCCGGCGCGAUGCCUCUAGUCUCUGCGUACGGGCAAAACGCCUUCGAGGAGUUCGCCAUCAACUUCUCUGACGAGAUACUUCAGUCAUAUGUCCUGCGCCAUACUUUCGAAGAUUCCAUUGGUUUUAACUCACAAAUUUCGGGUGAUGGCAUUACGCUGCCGGCCAUAUCCACGAUGGACAACGGUGCCUGCGUUGAAUUGCUUAGAGGCGCUUCGCUUGACGAGCGAUCGCAGCGCAAACCGGGAGGUGUUUUGGGGGCACUGAAUAAGGCGUGCUCGUCGUUCAAGUCGGGCAAGGCCGGCGAGCAUAUGAACGAUGAUCUAUUGCAGGACUUGGUUUCGAAGUUCGGUGUUCACGCUUCGUUUGUAGCUAGCCCGAACAUCGGUGGCAACCAAGAUCGCAACCUGUUUGGUAUCAAUCACUACGCUGGAUCCGUCUCUUAUGACGUCUCCUCCUUCGUUGAGAAGGAUUCCGAUAUAUUGGACUCUGCUUUCGUCUCCCUCCUUCGCAAUUCUACAGAUAGCUUUGUAUCGAAGUUGGUCUCUGGCCCGAGUAUGGCCACGGAGAAGCACAGCAAAGACGAGAACAUCAUUGUCCAGGCGCAAGUAUCGUCGCGGCCCCUCCGUCCCCCCACCCCCGUCUGUGGGCCCGAUGGAUCCCCUCCGCAGAUAGAGCCCCACCCACGGCUCGACCCAAGCAAAGUCUAUCCCAUAACGACUCAACUCAACUUCACCCUCUCUGAGAUUUUCGCCACCCUCGAUCAAAUGAAGCUUUGGACGGUCUCUUGCAUCCGUCCCAAUGACUCUGGCUCUCCAAACUCCUUCGACAAGCGCCGCGUGAAAUCCCAAAUUCGGUCUAUGCUCCUUCCUGACAUUGCAUCUCGACGAAGCAUGGAGUUCGCUGUUGACUAUGAGCACUCCGCGUUCUGCGAGCGUUACGUGCCCACAAUGCGUGGCUCCGACAUUGAGAGGAUAACGCAAUGCGCGAGGGCUAACGGGUGGAAAGAAGGAGAGGAUUUUGUCAUAGGUCAUCGGUCUGUAUGGCUGUCGUACGGCGCUUGGAAGACCGUUGAAGAUGGAAUCCGAGCCGUCGAGAGGGAGAUGCGGAAAAUGGCGAAGGAUGGAGGAGUUGAGGAUGACGAGAGUGUAAUGCCAGACGAUAACACGGAGUACACUCAUGACAAUGGUCUAUCUGCGCCAACAGGCUAUUACAACGAGAGCGCCGACAAUUUACUCGCUCGCGGCGGUGAGGGGAAUCUGUUCGACGAUCGUAACAAUGGUGGAUAUGGAUCGGGAGGUCUGCAGACGCCUAACCUUGGGCAUACUAUGAGGGGCGGACUGGGCGGCGAAGAUGAUAACGGGGCUUGGGGAAGUGAUUCAAAGGAACCGAGCUCGCCGUCAGCUCCUCCUUACUCUGUCUCCAAGGAAGCGGACGCUAUGGUCGUUAAUGCCGCUCCCAAUGCUGUCGAGGAACUCCCUACUAGUCGGACAAGACGAAUCUGGUUAUGGGUAGUGUGGGGGUUGACUGGCUGGAUCCCAUCGUUCUUACUUACCCAUCUUGGGAGGAUGAAACGCCCUGAUAUUCGACUCGCUUGGCGAGAAAAACUUGCGAUCUUCCUCCUCAUCUUCCUUCUCAACGCUACUGUCAUCUUCUAUAUCGUCUUCUUUGGACGGCUCCUGUGCCCGAAUGCAGACAAAGUUUGGUCUCUCAACGAAGUGGCACAGCAUACAGGCGACAACGACUUCUACGUCGCGAUCCACGGGUUCGUAUAUGAUGUCACCAAGUUCGUCCACGGAGAUCAUGCCAACAUCCAAGGCAUGGUUAGCAAUGGGAGGGAUACCUUGGAGGCGGUGGCUGGACAGGACCUCUCGAACUAUUUCCCUCCACCACUGACGUUGGCUUGUCCGGAUCUCGUUACGGAUCCGUUGCUUGAACUUACCGUCAAGAACUUCACGAAUAUCGCGCCAACGGCGAUGCACAAGAGUGGCAGCAUUGCUAGUCUCCCGUCGGCUGCCCUGCAACAGAACGAUUGGUAUACUUCGCGGUUCCUACCGACGAUAAAACAAUUUCGCAAAGGUCCUGUAGUUUUUGAAAGGAAGGAUAUCGAAGCUCAAGCAUCCGACGAUGACAUUCAGAAGAUAUGGGCAGUUUGGGAAAACAAGCUCUACGACUUCACCGAUUACAUCAACAGUCAAUCAUCCAAUCCUGCUACCGUGGAUAGCUUCCAGUUUGUGAACCAAGAUAUUACUGAUGUCUUCAAACGACAAGCUGGAAAAGACGUUACAGAGUCUCUGAACAGAGUCCUCGCUUCGCUGGAUCCUCAGACGGCGUCUAGGAACGUUAAUUGCUUGAACAACCUCUUCUACGCGGGUGAAGUGGACUUCAGGAAGUCGGCUAGAUGCUUAGUUCAAAACUACGUCCUCCUCGCAGUGUCUAUCAUCAUUAUGGCGUCCAUGGUUCUCAAGUUUCUGGCUGCUCUCCAACUUGGUGGCCGGCGUUCCCCCGAACUACAAGACAAAUUCGUGCUUUGUCAAGUUCCUUGCUAUACGGAAGGAGAGGACUCGCUUCGAAGGACUAUCGACUCCUUGGCAGCUCUCAACUACGAUGACAAACGCAAGCUAAUCUUCAUCAUCUGCGACGGCAACAUUAUUGGCAGCGGGAACGAUCGUACAACCCCAAGAAUUGUUCUCGAUAUCCUCGGCGUCGACCCGAAGCUCGAUCCUGAGCCGUUGUUGUUUAAGUCUGUUGGCGAAGGGUCGAGGGCCCUCAACUACGGCAAGGUAUACUCUGGGUUGUACGAGUUUGAAGGUCAUGUUGUUCCGUACAUGGUCGUUGUCAAGGUUGGAAAACCAACGGAGCGAUCGAAGCCUGGCAAUCGCGGCAAACGUGACAGUCAAAUCCUCCUCAUGCACUACCUCAACCGCGUUCAUUUCGAUGCGCCUAUGUCACCACUAGAGCUCGAAAUUUACCACCAAAUGAGAAAUGUUAUCGGAAUUGACCCUGCCUUCUAUGAGUAUAUCUUCACCGUCGAUGCCGAUACAACGGUUACCCCCGACUCCGUUAAUCGUUUGGUUGCCUCCUGCGCCGAUGACUCCAGUAUCAUUGGUAUCUGUGGUGAAACCAAACUCGAAAACGAGGAAGGCUCUUGGUGGACUAUGAUUCAAGUUUACGAAUACUAUAUCUCCCAUCAUUUGAGCAAGUCUUUCGAGAGUUUGUUCGGCUCAGUCACCUGCUUGCCCGGUUGUUUCUCUCUCUACCGCAUCCGGACUGCCGACAAGGGCAGGCCCAUCAUCAUUUCCAAUCGCAUCAUUGAGGAGUACUCGGAACCGAACGUCGACACACUGCACAAGAAGAACUUGUUCUCCCUCGGUGAAGAUCGGUUUUUGACAACGCUGAUGAUGAAGCAUUUCCCCACCUUCAAGACGAAAUUCUGUGCAGAUGCUCUCGCUCAUACUAUGGCUCCGGAAUCCUGGCGCAUCCUGUUCUCUCAACGUCGUAGAUGGAUCAACUCUACCAUCCACAAUCUGUGCGAAUUGGUCCUCCUCCCUGAGCUCUUUGGCUUUUGUUGCUUCUCCAUGCGCUUCUUCGUCUUCCUCGAUUUGCUGAGUACUUUGAUCUUGCCUGCUACCGUCGUCUAUUUGGUUUAUCUCAUUGUGAUCGUCACUACCCAACAUGCACCCGUCCCAACCCUUUCCAUUAUCAUGAUCGCUGCAGUUUAUGGUUUGCAGGCUCUCAUCUUCCUCAUCAAACGGGAAUUCAUGCUAAUAGGAUGGAUGGUGGUCUACAUCCUCUCGUAUCCAGUGUACAGCUUCUUCCUUCCCGUAUACUCGUUCUGGUGCAUGGAUGAAUUCGGUUGGGGAAACACCCGUCUUGUGAUUGGUGAAGGCAAGGAGAAGAAGGUCAUUGUAAACGAGGAUGACAAGUUCGAUGAGUCUAUGAUUCCCCUCAAGAAGUUUAGCGAAUAUGAGGCAGAAGCUUGGGAGAGAGGUUCCCAACACUCGGGCGAGACAGGCUACAGUAAACCAAGAUCUCGGAUUCCUGGAUCACGCGAGGAGUCACCGCAUUCGUAUCACCAAGCUUCGCAGGCUGGUGACUAUUACCGCGAUACCAACCUCACUGUCUCGAAUCGCAAUGGUAACAGUGGUAGUCAGCAAUCCCACAGCAACAUGUCCAUCCAUGCUGGUCAAAGACAGCCUCCGAUGUCUCAGUAUGGCUCAAUGCCUCAGCUACCCAUCAUGCCUUUUGGCGGCGGCCCAGGCUCCGUCGCCGGUGGAUCUGACUACGGCGGACCUACCGCGAUGGGCAUGGGCAUGGGCAUGGGUCCUAUACCGUAUCAGAAUACUGGAGGCAGUGCCUAUGGGAUGAUGGGGCCGGGUAUGAUGCCUGGCAUGAAUAUGUUCGGCGGGUCCUUUGGUGGGUCACAGUCUGGUCAGUCCGGUGCUUUCAUGCCGCCUCCAGGCCUCGGGGCAGCACAACGGCCAAUAUCGACGUUCUCCAUGGCCACAACAGCUAAUCCGUUUGCCGGUCCGAGUCUGAACCCGAAUCCAACGGACGAAGAAUUAUUCACCGCCCUCCGAAAUUAUCUCAGUACUCAAGACUUGAUGACUGUUACGAAGAAAACUACCAGAGACGCCAUGGCAACCAAGUUCCCGAAGGCUGACCUGAGCUCACGCAAGGAUUUCUUGAACCGUUCCAUAGACCAGAUUCUCUCGGAAUCAUAG